CUCUCACAACAACGACACAACAACAACGUCAAAAACACAACACACGUGGACGUAAACAGGGGUCGAAAUCAAUUAAUCCGAAGCAGAAGAAAAAAAAACUGGAACCCCGGAGUCCCGGACUGGAACUAACUGGAGUCCGUUUCAUGGUCGAAUACAAGGUCUUGUAUAUAACUCGGACACCCUCUUCCAUUCAACUUUUUAGACUAUUAAACUAAACUGCAACUGCUGUUAAUAAAGGUUUUAAUUUGUCAUGGCAAGCGAAGAUAAUCAAGCAGCAGCCACUAACGGGGGAAGGGAGGAACUGAUCGCCUUGUUCGACCGGCUGGGAAUCGCUCACGAGACCACCGAGCAUCCACAGGUUUUCACUGUUGAGGCCAUGAUGCCACAUAUUCAACAUUUGACGGGGGCAUUCUGUAAGAACCUCUUCCUAAAGGAUAAGAAGAAAAAGCUUUACCUCCUCACUGCUCACCAUGAUAGACCUAUUCAGCUCAAUGCAGUAAGCAAGAAAGUAGGUGCAUCGGGUGGGCUUCGACUUGCUGAUGAGUCUAUACUCAAGGAGAAGCUGGGCGUGACCCAAGGUUGUGUCACACCCUAUGCCAUCUUCAAUGACACAGCAGGAGACGUAAAGUUCAUAUUGGACUCUGAUGUAGUCAAUGGUGGUCAUGAGAAGUUAUUUGGUCAUCCGAUGGUGAAUACAGCCUCCACCGCAAUCUCACCAGCGGACUUGAUGAAGUUUGCAAAGGAGAUGGGGCAUGAACCCAUCUUACUUGACUUUAGUGACAUGUAAUGCCAUUGCCAACUUGAAAUUAGGAACGCCUAAAUUGUUGGAGUAAGACUCAAACAAUCGAUGCAUUCGAUCAGUUUACCUACAAUCGACAAUGGAAUCCUACUUUUUACGCUAAUCAAAUGUUUGCCGGAUGUUGAUUACUUAUUUGAGACAUUUGUUUAUCAAGAGUAGCACUUAAAUGCCUAGUUGCGUGUGGUAUAAAGGGCAUGACCGCAUUGGUCAGAUCAUGCCAAGAGAACGCGCACAACUGCGUCUUGAGCAAUAAGAUUUCGCGUAGCAUAUCAUGUACAUGUCAACAUUUAGGCACAACUGUAAGUCAUACUUGAAUCUGUGUGAACGCCCCCGGUACGUUAACAUAAACUUUGUGAAAUUAUGAAACCUUAGCUAAAAACAGACAAUACUUUAAUAUGUUAUGAUCACUAACACAGAAAAAACAUACAUGUACCGGUAAUGUACAUGUAUGUGGGACAGUGAAUUAAUAUUCCUUGGGAAAAUACCAAAUGCCCAACGACCAGAAAAAAGACUAUUCGCAAAAGGUAGCAGCUGAUCAGCAAGCAUAUUGUUCACAUCAAUGGACCUUGUAUGACCCUGUACCACCGAAGUGAAUGUUCCCGGUUCCAUGACGUCAUCAACACCGACAUUGCAGAUUGGCGCAUCGGCAUGCUCAUGAAUAAUUCGUACAUUCACGUCUCCUUGGGUUCCAAAAGGCUUCGCGACUGAAUUCGCUCGAUCUUGUGCUCACUCGGCUCGCACCAAUUCUCCUCGUCAUCAGCUAGUGUCAUCUCAACCACUACUUGACUAGGAGAGAGACCUUGUCAAAAGGCUAUGUGGCAUUAGACUAUCUGAGAAGUAGACCAAAUUGAUAUUUUCUUUUUGGGGAUUAUAAUUUUUUUCUAAACAUUGAAAGUUCUAUCAAAGCUGGGCUAAUUAUUACCCAAGUAGUAAUUAGUUUUUUUUUUUUAAGCCCUUGCUUGUCUUUAUACAGGGGAUUUCUUUGAACAUCUGUCAUAGAGAAGUCUACAUUAUGAUCUUUAAUGAUUGCUGCAGUCUGCAGAUGAGUUUUAUAAACAAUCUUUGUAUCUUGAGAACUUGAAUGAGGUUGUGUCGUGUAAUAACUGGAGGCUUAGCUCCUUCUGCAUCAGUUAUGUUCACACUUGGUACAAACGAUCCUUGGGUAACAUGUGUGUUGUUGGGGUCAAUGGUCAUCUAGGGUUCAAAUGAUAUGAGGUCAUGUCUAUCCUUUUUUUUUUUAGUUUUUGUUCAACUUGCUCUCAUUUCUCUAUAUCUCCAUCAACUCUACUAAUGGUCUUUGGGUAAUACCACAUACAUGUGCGUUCUUGACGAUGAUAAGCUCAAAGGUCAUCUAGGGGUCAAAAGAUCAUAUUGCAUAUUUUAAUGAUCACGAAAUCAGGUGAGACACAUGGUUGUGAACCACCUUGUUUUUAAUUGGCAGCCCAAGGGGGGGGGGGGUAAACAUCCUAACCUCCCCCCCCCCCCCUUAGAUCCGCCACUGGUUGUAUGUGUGUCUGUAGGAUGUACAUGAUGGUAAUUGUACUACCCAGAGUACUAUAUGCUGCUGUAAUAUUUACCAUUUCAAAGGAAAUUCACAAGGAGGAGGGGUUUUAUUGGGAAAGAUCUUGAAAUGAUUCUUUUUGCCCGUUCCCUUGGCCAAGGUCAAUGUAAUUUGAGAUCAGUCCACUUGGAUAUACAUUUUACUCCAUGUAAAAUGACCAGAUAUUUGAUCAAAUCCAUUUUAAUCUGAAAAAUGUAUAGACAGUGCAUUAUUAAAGAACUGUAUAUUUCCAAGUCAAGGUGAAAGGUCAUCUGAGAUAAAUAAAUUGAAUCUAAUCUACUGUAAAAAUAUAUAUAUUUUGAAGCGCAUUUGUUUUAGGUUCAUUUUAAAUAUUCCAUAAAGUUUGUAUAUGAGACUAUAAAGCUAAGAGAGAAAUUUGUCAGUCUGUGACCCGCAUGGUAUACGUAUGGAUAUUGAGAGAUUCCACUAAAUCAUCUCAACUUCAUUGGUAUUAUUUGAUGAAAAAAUAAUAAUAAUGAAAGCUCGAUGUCCGAGCUGAAAUAUGUUUUGUAUAAUGACUUCAAAACUUUAUGUUCUAAGCUCCAUAUCAACCAAUAUUGAGUAUGAUAGGAAUAUCAUCGAACAGGCAAUGCGAGCGGAAAGCGCAAGUGAAAAUUUUAUAUAGUGACAUUAAAUUUUUUUUUUUUUGCAAGUCUUCCCCUCACCUCAUUUUAUUCACUCGUCUUCCUCUUAUUUUCCUCUUCCUUUUUCCUUCUAUCUUUCCCCUUCUUUUUCUUUUUUUUUCUUUCUUUCUCCCUAAAUCUCAGUCUAUAUUAAUAGAAAAAUGUAUAUGAAUCUUAUUGUCAUUUGACAAUGUGCAAAGUGAUACGUAGACAAAGUUGACUUCUUUGCAUUGGACUAAAUGACAGCUGGACCAAGUGAUACCUUGACCAAAUGGUGAUUAUACCAAAUCGAUAAUAAACCAAGUGGAAAGAGAUUAAAGAACAAAAUAGGAAUAAACACCACGUGAAAUAAGUGUAGGGGAACAGUGAGGGGAAUAUUUAGAACUUGGGGUGAUGGGUUGUGGACCGCUACCCCAUUCAGUUUAAGAGAGAGAAAAUAAGACAAGUACCAUAUGGCCCUGCGAAACGAGGAUGCUCAAAGCACCCUCAAAAUUUACCUUGGAGUGCUGCAUGUUAUUAUUUACCAUCAGGGGCGUGACAGGGGGAGGGGGGGGGCAAGAAAAAAAUCCCGGAAAUGAUCUUAGUUCAAUGAACCGUUCAGAAAUAAUUUGGAAAGUUUUGCAAGUGUAUCUGGAUUGAAAAUGAAUAGAGAAAAUACUUCACAUAAUGUUACUAGGCAAUCCUAAUCAAGAAAAACCGGGGGUACCUCCUUUCGGAAAAUUAGUGACAUUUAUGAAAAUAUUAGGGGUAUUUUUUAGCUUCGACAUUCAGGUAGAGGAGAGUAUGAAAUAUAAAGAAAUUUUUAGCAAAAUAAAAAACUCCCUCUCUUGGUGGAAACAAAGAGACUCAACCUUAUGGGGUAAAAUACAAUUGUUUAAAACUUUCACUAGGCCUACUCUAAGUUGAUAUCUAUAACGUCACUCAAUCUAAUUCCACAUUAUUUCGAUAUUUCAGGAACUUGAUAAACUGAUCUAUGACUUUAUAUAGAGAGGAAAAGACGAACUUCGAUGUUUCAUGAUUAUAAAUAUGGGGGACUUAAAAUGAUGUUUUUUUUAAUUGUUUGUCAAAGUUCAGAGAAUCAUGUGGAUUAAAAGAUUAUUAAUUGGGAAUCAACAAAUGAAAUGGAAAUUGUAUUUCAAUUUUUGUACUCAACAUAUCGGAGGAAAAUUUAAUUUUCUCUGUAAAAAUGAUAUUUGACAGUUAAAGCUGUCUUUAUCGCCAUUUUAUUUAGAGCUAUUGAAAAAAAAAUGGAAUCAGAAGACUUGAGACAAAUCUGUAAUACUCGAGGAUUUUCCUUUCUAUUAUCAUGUUAUGCAGAUCUAAUAUCGAAAGGUAUAUUCAGGUUAAAAAAAAUAUUGCAGAUAAAGAUGGUAAAUUGAAAACGGAUGCACAUUUCAAAACUAAAGGUCUCACUUCAUGGAAUAUGAUACAGAUAAAACAUAAUUAUAUUUGAGAAAAUUCCGCCCGUUGGAAAAGGCAAAUGCAUUUCACAGAAGAAAAGAAAAGGAAAAUAAAUCUGGAAGAAAUUUCAUUCAUCGUUUCGGACAAAAUCCAUGUCCAUGUAAGUGAACUCAUCUAAAAAAGAUUAUAUAGAACUAUUAUCAAUUCCAAAUUUGAAGGCACUCCUGUGGUUAAUCGGUUAAAAGAAUCAUAUAGUUUGUCUAUUAGAGAUAUUGAAAACAUUUUUCUUAGGCCAAGAAAAUGUACUUUGAAUAGUGCUGAAGAAAUUUCAAUUCAAAUUGUUACAAGGGAUUAUUUACACGAAUCGGGAUUUAUUUCGU